CAUCAUGGCUUGGCCGGCAGCGACGACCCUGACGAGUCUCCUGAUGUUGCUGCUUAUAAUGAUCACGGACAGUUUCUCGCCCAGGAUCAUCGCCACCACCCAAGCACCCUUUGGCAGGAUUCUGAAGGCUGUGAAACUCCCCGGAGGAUAUAUGGAAGUGGUCCAGGAACAAAGAUGCUCCCACGGUCUGCUGAGAUUGACAUGCAGAUCGUUGAGAGCUUUCAUCUUUAUUCUGGAGGCGGAAUAUCGCGCGAAUCACACGGAAUUCUGUCAGAAAGAAUCGAAAAGUUUGAAAGAAGAGCUCAAAAUGUGGACGAACAAAGGUAGCACGCGGAAACGGACGGACAUGCAAGAGCUCAAAGGAAACUACAUUCUCGACGAUGAGGACAUCCAGGCAGACAUUGUCGAUAUCAGAUCAUCCUUGAAUAAAAGGUGCUCUGGUCAAAAACACUGUCGCUACAACGUGACUAUCGAACAUCCAGGAGCACAUUCAUGGGUUCCAGGUGAAAUUUUAUUAAAAUACGCGUGCAUACCUGAAGUUGCAGUUAAACGAUACUGCAAUCAGCAGGUGAAAGUGAUUAGUGAAGAUGGCGGUUACCUCAACACCCCGGGUUACCCUCUAUACUACAUUGGAGAAACAUGCGGGUGGACUUUCAGGACAUUUAAUGAUCAGAGGAUAAUUUUAACAUUUCACGACUUGAAUAUCCGUGGUCCAGAUGCUGAUGGAAACUGCAUGGACAUCGUGAGAGUGCGGGAUAGCGGCAGCACUCUCUUCGAGUUCUGCGGCACCGCCGCGGGUGUGCGAGUUGUCUCGUAUUCGAACGUGUUGACCCUCGACUUUGUCGCUUCAAAGAGGUUUUACAACGCUCGGGGCUUUUUGCUGCAGUAUCAAGUGCUCGGCUGUCCGGAGGUCUUGGCGCCGAACGGAAGUUACGUGUCGAACGGUACAUUGACUUCACGGACAUUCUUGUGCAAGUCGGGCAGCGUGUUUCCCGACAGCAAGGAGAGAAAAAGAACGCUCGAAUGUAAGAAUGGCAAGUGGAACGAGACCGCUACCAAGUUACCCAAUUGCGUAGCCACGUCAGCGGUGAUAGUGAAGUCAGAAAACGAGCACCAUCAUCUAGCAAGUAUCUCCGGGGAUAACAUCCUUGGAACGGGGGUGAGAAUAGGACGUGGCGAGGACGCAGUCGCGAGUGGUAGCGUCAGCCCCGUUAUGGAUUCGGCGCAAUCGGCCAUGAUGAAGCAAGCGGACUACGUCGUAGAUGUUGUGCUGCCAACGGUCCUAAUUGCUUUGCUGUUCGUCGGCAAUGCGAUCAUCGUUUAUAUCAUCUUCCAGUUUAGAAAGAGGAAACUCUCAGCCACUAAUCAGGGCGAAGAGAUGGCCCUUCGGGGUCCACCCGACGUACCCAAUGUGUGAUUCUAAGGAUCCAGAUUAAUCAUGCACGUGGUGAGCGGUACCGACAAGAAGUCACCGAUGUCCACGUAGAGAUUGGGAGCCAUCAUGAAAAUCGCUGCAGGAUUGAUCCCCCGAUUCUCGAAGGAAGACUUCGAAGUUCUCGCGAUGAUCCUUUGCAAUUAAUUGAAAAGCUGCGCCCAAAAAGGCGAAGAGAUAUGCGUCUAUUCGCAACAUUCGAAGUCGUGUGCGUGCAUUCUGCCGUGCAAAACGUGGCUGCUCGAAUUCCGAGAUCCUUCGCUCAUAUCAUCCGCAUUAAUUUGAAAAAAUAAUGUUUGGACGACGUUACGCUGGACACUAAAAAUGCGUGAAGAAUGUAGAUU